AUGUUGCUCCGUUGGCUGGUGAUCGCACUCGCCCAGGGUGUCUGGGCCAAUCAUGAGGACGAGCGGUGUGUGACGGCUAUUUGCUCGGCAUACAACUACAUAUCAUUCGUUGGCCUUCCUACACAAGGCAAAGACAUUUGGGAAUCGCAAUGCCGGAAUCCGCUCAAAGUCGCAUCGAUAUACGCCGCGUCUGAAACAUAUUGCAAUGAGAGAGGUCGGGGGAUAGGCCUGACCCAGCUGGCUGACCAGUGUCAAGAAUUUGGGAAGUUUGAGCUGCUGUCGAGAGAAGCCGUCGCCGAAAAUCUGACAGAGGAUGCAAUAAGGAAUAUGAAAAGGGUCGACUAUCAAGAGUUGUCCCGCGACGAACCAGCGGAUAUGCCUGUCCUUCUUUCUGCGUCUUACUUUGAUCUAAUGUUCAAUACGAUUGAAUCUUGGGAAUUUGAAACUUGGUCACAUCAUGCAUUUGGGUAUGUUGGAUACGCAUAUUGGGCCGGCAUUCUGUCACUGGGGAUAGCCUAUCGUCUGAGCAAUUGGUUAUUCCACCGCCGACAACACCGUGCAGAGCGUGCGCUCGAAUCCAAUGUGUAUCCUCUCAUAAAGUACUUAGGAAAUGUCCCAUUGGUGGGGACAGGUCUUCACUGGAUCCAGACUCAUCUGAUGAUUCCAGCGCCUUUGGCAACAACACAUGGUCGACAUCUGCUAGGCUUCACGUUCUCCACCAGAGUUGAGGCGCUUAUAGUAGUGGGGUUCUGGACGAUCAGCAUCGUAUUGAGUGUCGUGGGCUAUCGCACUUUUCCCGGAAAUAUUUACUAUCCCGAUGUCCCAAGCCAGAUUCUGCGUUAUUCUGCAGACCGUACUGGGAUCAUGUCAUUUGCGAAUUUGCCCCUUUUAUGGCUCUUUGGGGGACGAAAUAAUAUUUUCUUGUGGGCCACCGGAUGGAGCUUUGCAUCGUUCAAUAUAUUCCAUCGUCAUGUAGCCCGGGUGGCUACUGUACAGGCAACGGUGCACUCUAUCCUUUACGUUGUCAUGUUCAUUCAAACAGGCAAAGCUUGGAAGGGUCUGUCUAAGACCUAUGUUUUAUGGGGUAUUUUGGGCACAUUCGUGAUGAUUCUGCUGUUGAUCGCCUCAUUGGAUCGGAUUCGCAUUGCGACAUAUGAGCUCUUCUUGAUUGCUCAUGUUGUGCUUUCGAUUCUCACUCUUGUCGGGUGCUUUUACCACACAGUCAUAUUUGAAGGGAACGAAUACUGGAAGUACCUGUGGCCCACACUAGCUUUAUGGGUCAUUGAUCGCUUCCUUCGACUUGUGCGAUUGUGUUACUGUAACAUUCACGUGAGUAUUUCAAACAGAAGACUUGUGGAGGUUUCUGCGAGUCACAUGGUUUACGAUGAGACGGCCGACGUGGUGCGAUUGGAGGUCACACCAGGAACGCCUUUGCUACACCCUUCACCAGGACAGUACUACUUUUUAUAUCAACCAUUCCGGCUCACCGGCUGGGAGAGCCAUCCUUUUACAAUUGGAGCUUGGUCUUACGAAAUAGGGGACCAGACGUCAUUGGUACCGACAUCCGAGGGCAAGCUGAUCAAAUCGCUUGAUGUUUCGCAUAUGCCGCUUCUUGCAGGCGGCGCCUCCGAUCGAGAUUACCAAGGCAACUCAGAAAGUGGCUCUUCGGGUCAAGGAAAACCGUUGAAGUUGAAAUUGACUUUCUGGGUUCGCCCAUAUGACGGUUGGACCAAACAGUUGCGCCGGCAAUGUCUGAGCUCACCAGCCAAGACAAGCGAACCAACCAUUCUUCUCGAGGGCCCUUAUGGAGAAACCUUUCCAUUGUGGAGAUAUGAAUCAGUCUUGAUUAUUGUCGGUGGAACGGGGAUAGCGUCUGCUGUGCCUUACAUUCAAGAUCAUCUCCGCCGGUCGGUUGAAGACUGGGAUGCAAGCCCCGAGAAUGAGAAAACACGGGUACGAGACAUGGAGCUUGUUUGGACGACUAAACAAGCGGCGUUCAUUCACGAUGUCGCUCGCCAGGAACUGAAGCACGCCCUCAAACGAGAGGACUUUAGUGCCUCGUUCUACGCUACGCGUGAUUUCACCGCAUCCUCUGAAGAUCAUACCGAUUUUGGAUUCGAGAUCCAGUCAGGUCGACCUCACCUUCAAUCCCUGAUCAUGAGCCGGGCCAGCGACGCAUGUUCAGCUGGUACUAGUCUUGCGAUCCUCGUAUGUGGCCCGCCCAGAGUGGCGGAUGAAGCGCGCGCCGCCACGCAUCUAGCGAUGCGCCAAGGCCACCGCUCUAUUAAAUUUGUGGAGGAGUCUUUUACGUGGUAG